AUGGGGUCCUUCGUGCAUGGCAUGGGGCCUUCGAUGUCGUAUUACAUACUUGGGAAAUCUGUCGACGCAGUUGGGAACAACUUAGGCAAUCUGGACGCAAUUGUCCAUGCACUUUCUAAGUUAGUUCCAUAUAUGUGGUUCUUGGCACUCAUCACACUCCCUGCUGGAAUAAUUGGUGAGAGAAAACUUCUAGCUUUUCUAUCUUUGAUAAUGAUAAUGUACAUAAAGAAUGAAAGUUAUCCACCUAUCCUGAAACAGAGCAUAGUGGAGGUCUAUGGAAUUCUACGGAAAUCUGAGAAUCGCAAGGAACUAAACCACAACGACCCUGCUGCAGAAAUUGCAUGUUGGAUGUAUACAAGUCAGAGACAAAUGACACGCAUGCAGAUGGCAUAUCUGAGAUCAGUGCUCAGUCAAGAUGUUGGAGCUUUCGACACUGACUUAACCACUGCGUACAUCAUGGCUGGAGCAACAAACCACAUGAAGGUCAUACAAGAUGCAAUUGGCGAGAAGACUCUUUCACACAUCAAGACUGUCUUCUCAUUUGUUGGAGAAAACUCCGCAAUGAGAUCGUUCAUCAAAUGCAUGGACAAGCAAGACAAGCUAAGCAAGAAAGAGGCAAUGACAAAAGGACUAGUCUAUAUUGGAGCAGUAGCGGUAACUGCAAGAUCUGCGACAGCGGGUGAAACAAUUGCUGCCGUCAUUAACAUCCUCUCCGCUGCAAUAUAUAUCUCGAAUGCAGCACCAGAUCUCCAGGCCUUCAGCCAAGCUAAAGCUGCUGGUAAAGAAGUAUUUAAGGUUAUCAAAAGAAAACCGGCGAUAAGUUAUGAAUCAGAUGGAAUAAUCUUAGACAAGGUCACUGGAGAUAUUGAAAUAAGAGAGGUGGAAUUCACAUAUCCAUCCCGUGAGGAAAACCCAAUUCUUCAAGGAUUCUCGCUAACUAUACCAGCAGGCAAAGUUGUGGCUCUUGUGGGGAGCAGUGGAUGUGGGAAGAGCACCGUGAUUUCUCUGGUACAAAGGUUCUAUGAUCCUAUAUCAGGUGACAUUAUUAUCGAUGGUCAAAACAUUAAGGAACUCGAUCUGAAGUCCUUGAGAAGAAAUAUAGGUUCCGUAUCUCAAGAACCAGCACUAUUUUCUGGUACUAUCAUGGAUAACUUGAGAAUUGGCAAAAUGGAUGCAACUGAUGAAGAGAUAACUGAAGCAGCAAAAACAGCUAAUGUGCACUCUUUCAUAUCCAAACUUCCAAACCAAUACUCAACUGAGGUAGGAGAAAGAGGUGUGCAACUAUCAGGUGGUCAGAAACAGAGAAUAGCAAUUGCAAGGGCUAUUCUCAAAGAUCCUCCAAUUCUUCUUCUUGAUGAAGCCACAAGUGCACUUGAUUCAGAAUCAGAGAAGCUAGUCCAGGAUGCUCUUGACAGAGCUAUGCAAGGGAGGACAGUUAUCUUGAUUGCUCACAGAAUGUCAACAAUAAUAAAUGCAGACAAGAUUGUUGUUGUGGAGAAUGGAAGAGUAGCUCAAUCUGGAACACACGAAGAAUUGCUGGAGAAAAGUACAUUCUACUUGAGUGUAUGCAAUAUGCAAAAUCUAGAGAAGAAAUCUAGCAAGAGUGAAGAAAGAUUUACUGAUCAAGGAGCAGAACAAGACACUGAAACAUACAAAGAACACUCCUUCACUGCUCAUGAACAAGAGAAGAAACCAGAACCCACCACAAAGCAACCAAAGCAAGGGGUCAGAAAGAGAACAUCUGCUUUCAACAGGAUAUUCCUCGGAACUAUGAAACUAGUACCACAAAAGGUUCUGCUGGGCUCCACAGCAGCAGCAAUCUCCGGGAUCUCAAGGCCUCUAUUUGCUUUCUACAUCAUGACAGUUGGCAUAGCAUACCUCGAUCCAGAUGCAAAGAGAAUGGUCAGCAAAUACUCAAUAAUUUUGUUCCUUAUUGGGAUGUCAACGUUCUUUAGUAACAUCUUCCAGCACUAUAUCUAUGGCCUGGUCGGCGAAAAGGCAAUGAACAACCUAAGGGAGGCCCUGUUUUCAGUUGUCCUUCGGAACGAAAUAGGCUGGUUUGAAGAAUCAAAGAACAGUGUCGGCUUCCUGACCUCACGUGUUGUCAGUGACACCUCCAUGAUUAAAACAAUUAUAUCUGAUCGAAUGGCUGUUAUUGUUCAAUGCAUCUCCUCAAUUUUGGUUGCAACAGUGUUAAGCACGGCAGUGAACUGGAGGAUGGGUCUAGUUUCAUGGGCUCUGAUGCCAUGUCACUUUGUCGCCGGCCUUGUACAGGUCAGGUCAGCAAAAGGUUUUGCUACUGACACCUUUAAGUCUCAUCGGAAGCUCAUCUCACUCACUUCAGAGGCUGUUAGCAACAUUCGCACAGUGGCGUCUUUUGUUCAGGAAGAAGAAAUACUCAGGAAAGCAGAUUUGGCAUUGCAAGAACCGAUGCGGAUAAGCAGGAUCGAGAGUAUCAAGUAUGGCGUAGUACAGGGGAUUUCCCUCUGCUUGUGGCAUAUGACACAUGCUAUUGCAUUGAGUUAUACCAUUGUGCUACUUGACAAGAGACUAGCAACAUUUAAAGACUGUGUGCGAUCAUACCAAGCAUUUGCAAUGACAAUAUCUUCCAUCACGGAGCUAUGGUCUUUGAUACCUAUGGUACUGUCAGCCAUUGCAAUAUUGGAUCCUGCACUAGACAUUCUCGACAGAGAAACGCAGAUAGUGCCAGAUGAACCAAAAGUGACCAGUGAAGACAGAAUUGUAGGUAACGUUGAGUUUGAAGAUGUAAGUUUCAGCUAUCCCUCGAGACCAGAAGUGACCAUACUAGAUAGUUUGAGUCUAUCUAUUGAGUCAGGCCAAAGGGUCGCAUUGGUCGGGCCAAGUGGUUCAGGAAAAUCCACAGUGUUAGCUCUUCUGCUAAGAUUCUAUGAUCCUUGCAACGGGCGAGUACUUGUCGAUGGUAAGGACCUCAGAAGCUACAACCUGAAGUGCCUGAGAAAGCAGAUAGGACUUGUUCAGCAAGAGCCAAUCUUGUUCAACCUGUCUAUAAGAGAGAACAUCAGCUACGGGAAUGAAGGUGCGUCGGAAACAGAAAUAGUGGAGGCUGCAAUGGAGGCAAACAUCCAUGAGUUCAUAAGCAGCCUGUCAAAAGGGUAUGACACGGUGGUAGGGGACAAAGGAAGCCAACUUUCUGGAGGUCAGAAGCAAAGGAUAGCUGUGGCAAGAACUAUACUGAAGAAGCCCGUCAUACUGCUACUAGAUGAGGCGACGAGCGCUCUAGAUGGCGAAUCUGAGAGGGUGGUGAUGGACACCCUGGGCGCAAAGGGGUGGAAAAGCAAAGGUGAGCUUUCAAGCAAGAUGACAAGUAUCACGAUUGCACACAGACUGUCCACUGUCACAAACACAGAUGUGAUCGUCGUGAUGGACAAAGGCGAGGUGGUAGAAACGGGUAGCCACGCAACAUUGCUCGCAGCAAGCAAUGGCAUUUACGCAAGACUGUACAGUAUGCAAAUCAAAGGGGUUAAAGACUGA